CACGACUCUUCACAGAUCAAAUUUCUUGUCUUUUCUUUACUUCACUUCAGAUAUAUAGAAUGAACUACUAGCCCUACUCUAUAACCACACCACAACCAACUAAUUGCUGCUUAAGCAAUAAACGGAGUCGUGUUAAUGGCAUCUUUAAUUACAUAUUUAUUAUAUGAUGAUGAUGUCAUAUUAAUAACAACACCUGAAACGAUAUUGUCUCUUCUACAAAUUUGUAGGGACCGUAAUCAAUAUUUAGGCUAUCGACGGAAUAUUAUCAAUUGUAUUGUUUGUUACUCCUUUAAUUAAUGAUCAAACUUACCUUGUAUAGAUUCCUUUUUUCAUACUUUACCUUGAUGUUUCAUUCAAACCGGGUAGUUUUCAU